AUGUCCUCCACCAUCAGUGACUGUGACCGCUAUAUACCCGCCUUCGAGCUCUACGACUUCAAGCUCGUCGAGACUGUCAUCAGAAACUCCAACGUCGUCUACACUGUCAUCGUCGUCGGCAGAAAUCACGACCUCGAACGCCCCGUCAUCCGUCACAGCAUCGGCGUCUCCAGGCAGUGUCGUUACCUCCGAUGGGCCAGCGAGUACGUCUGUAUCAACCACAGAGCCGCCCGCCCUGACCAGUGCUACUUUCGGGGCCAGUAG